CAAAGGGAUGCACUGACCUUCUGUCUUCCAGCUCACUCAGCCCAGACUGUGUAACCACUGACCUUCAGCCCAGCAAAGCCACAUGGUUGGGAGGAGUUAAGUUUCGGCUGAAGACCAGGCGGAGUGAAACUCUGGGCCGACCGCACUCCUGGCAUUCAACCAAAUUUGCAGAGAACCAACCCGAUCUCAGCAUGAUGCAAAUAUCUCAGGGUAUGCUUGGCACCCCUUGGCAUCAGUCCUACCACUCCAGCUCCUCCACCAGCGAUCUCUCUGGUUACGAGCAUGGCUAUCUGAGGAGAAGUCCUGACCAGUACAGUUCCCGGGGGAGCAUGGAGAGCUUGGACCAUUCCUCCCCUGGCUACCAUCCUUGUCACCUCUCCCCAGCAAAGUCCACCAACAGCAUUGACCAGCUCUCCCAUCUCCACAACAAGAGAGACUCAGCCUACAGCUCCUUCUCCACCAAUUCCAGCAUCCCUGAGUACCCCACUCCUCCGUUCAGCAAGGAGCACUCCUGCUCCAUAGAGAGCGUGCAUUCCCGAGGUGGCCUGCAGGAGGGGAUGAGGCAGGCCGACAUCAGGUACAUCAAGACAGUCUAUGAUGCCCAGCGAGGGAUCUCCGAGGAGUAUGAGGUGAAGUCCUCUGCUUUGCUUCCAAGCUGUGAGGGCCGGACCCUGGCAGAUGGUCGCAGCCACGGCAGGCUCCAUGGCUUCAGCCGGCACAGCACAGCUCCCUCCCGGGCACAGCCAGGCCAGAGCUCCUCAGACAGCGAAAGCCAGUCCCCCAAGGGACCUCCCUUGCCACCUACUCGCAGCGACAGCUACACAGCCAUCAGGCAUCAUGAUAGGCCGGGCUUGUGCUCUGGCUUAGAUCCGAGCAAGCCUGGUCGAACCCAGCCAAAAGGGGCCUGGCCUCCACUUGUCAGCAGCUUCUCUCAGGGGCCGCUGCUGAAGACCCCCUUUGGAGAAGGCCAUCUGCACACCGUGGUGGAAAAGAGCCCAGAGAGCAGCCCCGCUGUGAAGCCCAAACACAGCUAUUCCCAGUCAGCCCAGCCUGGGCAGCCCCUGCUGCCCACUGGUGUCUAUCCAGUACCUUCCCCAGAGCCACACUACGCCCAGAUGCCCCAACCUUCUGCAAGCAACAAUGGGACGCUUUAUCCAGCUCUGGCCAAAGAAAGCGGGUACCCUCCACCUCUUCCAGUCUCAUAUGACAAGGCUGCAGCCAGCAACCCCCUGGACUUUGAUGAGAAUGGAAACCAAAGCACUGCAAACAGAUCUACUGUUUUUUACCAGCCUCCAACUACUGAGAGAAAGCAGGAUGCUGCAGCAAAACUUGUGCAGUAUAAAUCUCCUAACACUGCAGGCCCAGAAGUCUACUUGACCAUGUCAAGAAAGGAGGAGUUGUUUCCCCCUUACAAGGCAGUGCAUGCUGUCCAAGAGACCACAAGUACUGUGCAGCCCUCCAAGCACAGUUUUCAAGCCUCACAGCCCCAGCUGAGGGAUGCCAGUGAGAGAAAAGCACGUUAUCAGGCCAAAGAGGACCGGGCAGCCAAAUCCCAGGAGGACAAAAAUGGCAGUCCACAGAAAAACGAGAGAGAGGCUGCAGCUCACCACCACUGGGGUCAUAGUGAGGCCAAGCAGUAUGGCUUCUGCUCCUUGCAAAACAUCCCAGAGAGCUCCAGGAGGCAAAACAGCUCCGAGCUGAAAGAGGGGCCACCAGGUGAGGGGCUUUCCAGCACCAGACUGUCCUCCUUGAACAGCGAUGGUAAAGAGGAGAAGGAUCAAAGGGGACAAGGGCACAAGCAGUGCAGUGAUGUGGACAUGCAGGCCUUUGCGAGGCAGGGGGAAGAGGGCACAAGCGCUGCCCCAUUCCAUGCUGCUGAGCCAAAGGACGAAGAGCCCCCUUCUCUGCAGCACCCAAAGACCUCAGAUUUUGGGAGGAGCCGGCUCAGCUCUAGUAGCACCCAAAGCUUUCCCUAUGGCAAACCAGACCCCAGCAAGCUCCGCUGCUCUGUGCUGGAGAAGGUCAGCAAGUUUGAGCAGCGAGAGCAAAGUACUCAGCGGCCCCAAAGCACUGGUGUUCCCACCUUCGGCCAGCAUUAUGGGCCGAGCAGGUCAAGCCAGUCCUCCAGCACCAUGUGCUCUCUGAACACCCUUGAGGAUGCACGGGGCAAGCUCGGCUCCCAGGAGUCCAGCCAGCUGCCCAGUGAGCUGGGCAGGGUCUCCAGCCCCUCUGGCAGGAGUGGGAAGCCUGAAGAGGCUGACUGGCGCCCCGUGGAGCUUCAGAUGGUGGCCUCGGCGAAGCAGCCCAGACCGAGUGAGUACUACAAAAUGUGUCCUGAAAAUGAGAUGCAAAUAAGGGCGGCUCAGCUCCCAAGGAGCAAAAGCACGUUCCAGCUAGGAGGGGAGCCUGAGAAGGAGAUCCUCUGGAAGGAUAACGUCCAGGAUGCCCAUGGGUCACAGUUGGAAACACCGUUCAACAGGGCUUACAGGAACAGCAUUAAAGAUGCUCAGUCCAGGGUACUGAGGGCUACAUCCUUCCGGCGCAUCAGUCCCCCGUUUGGGAGUGCCCCCAAGAGGGUGACCCAGAGGCCUGCUUCAGCCCACGUGGGGAUGAGGAGCACAGCGUCAUCUCCCCAUACCCCGAAGGAGAGGCACAGCGUCACGCCGACAGAAGGCAGCCUCUCCACCCUGGACUAUGCCAAGACGCAGCACGUCUCACGCAUCGGGGGCCGGAAGCGGCUAACAGCUGAGCAGAAGAAGAGGUCUUACUCGGAGCCAGAGAAGAUGAAUGAGGUGGGCAUCUCUGAUGGCGAACCGUCGCCUUUUUCACACCAGAAAAAAGGCCUCCAUUUUGUCUUCCCAGAGAAUACAGUGGCUGACCGGCGUAAGAUCUUUGAAAGGGAUGGCAAAGCUUCCUCCACGGCCAGCCUCUCCAAACCAGAGCUCAAGCAGCUCCAGCAGAACGCCCUUGCUGAUUACAUUGAGCGCAAAAUGGGGAGACGGCCGUCCUCUCAAGAUGUGGGGCUGCUGAGGGAACGCUCCCACAGCUCCUAUCUGCAGGCUGGCGGCCCAGACAGCCAGAGCCUUUCCUCCGCCUCCAGCAUGAACUCACUGCAGGACCACAACCUUUACCGCCGGAGGGAGUCUCUGGAGUGGAUAUCCAGGACAGGGCGAGUAUCUUCUACUCUUCCUCCUGGUUUGAUGGGUUGCUUCAACCUGAAUGGAGAUGAGCAGAAGAAAGGGCACCGUGACAGUUCAAUCACAAGCCGACCGAAAACAGACAUGUGCCGGGGUUACAGAGCCAAAAUGGAGCUCACCAAAGGCACACAGACAGACGCUCUCGGCUUGCAGGGCCGGCCUUGCUAUGGGAAACAGGAGCGGGUCUUCGAAAUGCCCUCCUCUGCCAGGAAAUCUGGGAAAUCGGUGUCUGUGGAAGACUUGCUUGAUAGAUACGACAAUCAGAUGGUCACCGUGCAUAUACGCUCAAGGUCGUCUCCCACUCCCACAGCAGAAAAGAAACACCAGGACCUGCUGAGAAGGGAAGGCAGUGGAUUUGCCCCCCUGGUGAGAGAUCCUUUCUACGUGAUCAGUGCGGGAGCCAGGUCUGUCAGCAAGAAGGAAAGAAGCCACUCAGAAAAAACGUCAUUUACAAGUUAUUAUCCCCAUCUUCAGACCAGCAGCGAGGCUGGUGGCAGUUCCUCUGCACUAACUGAGCACCACAAGGUCUCGGAGCUUUCUAGGCAAGAGAGCAGGACUUCUGCCUGUGUCCCAUCCCCAACAGAGGCAAGGAGUCACUACCCUGAACAAAAGCAGGGCUUUAAACCCUUGUUCCUUGACCUUAUUCCGUCUGGAUCUGGCCAGUCUGCACCUAAUAUGCCCACCCAGACUGCCUCAGAUUUGCAGACUGCAGGAGAUGAUUGCCAAGCUCUGAGACAGCAUCAUGCCAAACGAGAUGCCAUUCUCCCUGAGGGCAGCAGCAGUAUUCAGGCACAGUCUUUGGAUGCUGUCCAGGAUAGAUCCCCUGAGACUCCCACAGAAGAAAUGAUGUGGAAAAGGAAAGCUGGGCUGCCUCACAGAUCCCUGCCUCCCAAAGUGACAUGGGCUCAUUCGGUCAAGGAUAGCAGUUUCCCAAGGGCUAUGAUGUCUCCUCCAGUGGCCGGGCCAAAGCUCUCCCAGAGGUGGCAGUUCCUGCCAACCCAGAGCAGCACUUCCUCUGACCCAGAGACUCCUUCUCCCCAUGGGACAAACCAUCUCCGAAUUUCAGAGUCAUGCCUUCAGCUUACUCCCCCACCAUUGCCGCAGGAUGAUGAAGACGAUGAGGUGUUUGUCACUCCUUCGCAGCCUGGUGUCGUUGCUCAACCCUUCUCAUCCUCGCUGCCACUCCAUCCUCCUCUGAGCUCUUGCACUUCAGCAAAUGGCAUGGAGGAAUUCCCUUCUCCUCCCCCACCAGCGGCACUUGAGGGGAAUGGGGCAGCUGGAGACAAAUCCGCCAGGUUCUCAGAGGAGGCCAGUGUGAGCAACUUCCGAAGUUUUCCCAAAGCCUUGGUCGAGAGAGAGAUAGCAGGAUUGGGCACCAGUGUCAGUGAAAAUAAUUGGCCUGCAUCAAAGAGGACUAGCUCUCCAUCUGCUGUGGAUGAGCAGCACCAGUUAGUUGCUGCUUCUGAAGAACCUCAAAGCUCUCAUAAACAGCCCCCAACUCAACCUGAAGGCAAAAACAGAGAGCCAGAAGUCACUGCUGAAGAGCCAGAAAAUAGCAACCUGGACUCCAGGACACUCAGCUCAGCUCCUCCAGUGAAGACAAAGACCCCAGAGGAUAUCAAGUCAGAGGCUCUAGCAAAAGAAAUUGUCCAUAAAGAUAAGUCUUUGGCUGAUAUCCUGGAUCCAGAUUCCAAAAUGAAGACAACUAUGGACUUAAUGGAAGGGCUUUUCCCCAGUGGAACCAGCUUACUGAAGGAGAACAACAUGAAAAGAAAGAUGUCACAGAAAACAGCGAUCAGGACAGCAUCUGAAGAUGACAAGAGAGAAGAAAAGGAAGUGCCUGUAACUCUGGUCACUUGCCCUGCUUAUUAUAACGUUUCAGCACCCAAAGCAGAACUGCUUAAUAAAAUCAAGGACUUGCCAGAAGAAGCAACUGAGGAAGAGGAGCUGCUGGACAUCAAUGAAAAAAAGGCUGAGCUUAUCAGGAGCUUGACGCACAAACUGGAAAUCCUGAAGGAAGCCAAGGAAGGCCUGCUUGCAGACAUUAAGAUGAAUAAUGCUCUCGGCGAAGAGGUGGAGCUGUUGAUCAAUGAGCUAUGCAAACCUAACGAGUUUGACAAAUACAAGAUGUUCAUUGGUGAUUUGGAUAAGGUGGUGAACCUCUUGCUCUCCCUCUCGGGACGCCUGGCCCGGGUAGAGAACGUUUUGAGUAGUCUAGGGGAAAAUGCCAACAGUGAAGAGCGGAGCUCUCUGAAUGAGAAGAGGAAACUGCUGGCUGGCCAGCAUGAAGAUGCUCGGGAACUAAAGGAAAACCUUGACCGGCGGGAACGCGUGGUCUUGGAGAUCCUGGGCAACUAUCUCUCUGAGGAACAACUCCAGGAUUACCAGCACUUUGUAAAGAUGAAGUCUGCACUUCUCAUAGAGCAACGAGAGCUAGAUGAUAAAAUCAAACUGGGUCAGGAACAGCUCAAGUGCCUGAUGGAAAGCCUCCCCACAGACUUCACACCCAGGGACGCAACAGCAGCAGCUACUCUAGCUGCAGCACUUGCUACCUCCUCCGGGAUCAGCAGUAAAACACCUCCAGUGGUCUCAUCCUCUCUCUAACCUUUUCCAGAUGGACACAUGGUAAAAUCCUCGUGCUUGAGUCUGUUUAAUCCAAGUAAUUUGCAGAAGAUUCUUUACAAUGACCAUGAAUGGAGACAGGUUUAAAACAAGCGUUCAAUGAAGGAAAAAAAAUAAAGUUUUAUUUCCCUUUCCCUUCACUCCUGCUUCCUAGAACUUAAAAUCAAUCUGGAGGGGACUAAACUAUCUCUUCUCCUGCCAGAAAUGAGGAAGAGUCUCACAAGAAAUAAACAUAUUACCUUUAAUAAACACAACCUCCUCUCUUCCCUCCCUUUCCUGCUUGCCUGGCACCUCACUAAAUAAUGAAGGAUCUAAGAGAAUGAAGCCUUAAAAAUAAAACCAACCCGUUCUCCUGAACAUUAUUGAUAUUUAUAUUUUUUAAAGAACAAGACAGAAUGUGUAAGUUUGUGUACAUAUUCUAAUCAGUUACUUGAUUCUACUUUAUUCUGUAUGUAGAAAAGACAUUUAAUUUUGUAUGUUGUGAAAACCUUAACAAAAAGAGGGAACCCCAAAGAUAGUCAUGCAUUAGCUUGGAACAUCUCUCAGUGUUUGUUGUUGUUGUUGUCUUUUUUAAUAUAAUAAAGAGCUACCAGAAGAAGCCUCAA